UAGAAAACGUCACAACCGAGACACGAGAGAGAGAGAGAGAGAGAGUAGUGAGCGGGGAGGGAGAGUGUGAGAGGAGGACAGAGAACGAGGGAGGGUAUAUUGAUACAAAACGACGUUGGUUUCUCUUCAGUGUGUGUGAGAGAGACCAUGAGUGGAGACAAGAUGGAGUGCUGGAACAGAUGAAGACUGUCAUUGGUUCUUUCCAGUGGUCCCGAUGAGCGUCUCCAAACCACCUCCACCCCAAUCCCAUUUCCCCCCCAGCAACCCUUCAUCCCAUCUCUCCCUGCCUCCAUCCUCCUCUUCCUCCCUCUCUCCCUCCUCCCCUCCCUCCGCUGCGGGUCCCCCCAGCCCAGCUGUGCCUCCCCCUCCCUCCCCGGUGAAGAUCUCCAUGCAGGAGCACUUUGCCAUCAAUGUGUGCCCCGGCCCCAUCCUCCCCAUCCCACAGAUCUCAGACUUCUUCCCUCGUUUCCACGACUUCCCCAUCACCCCCCUUCCUCCCCGGGAGAAGCAGAUUUUAAAGGACAAAGACAAGGACGGAGACGCGGACGGAGAGAAAGACCACAAGAGGGAGAGAGAGAAAGAGGAGAACGGAGAGUUCGUCGACUCGGAUGACGAUGACACCUACCUAGGAACUCUGGAGUUCAACCUGCUAUUUGACCAAGACAAUAACUGCUUGCACUGCACCAUCCACAAGGCCAAGGGACUGAAGGCCAUGGACUCCAAUGGACUGGCUGAUCCAUAUGUGAAACUCCACCUCCUGCCUGGAGCAAGCAAGGCAAACAAACUGCGCACUAAGACUUUAAAGAACACGCUGAAUCCAGUGUGGAACGAGACGCUCAUCUAUCAUGGCAUUACGGCUGCUGACAUGACCACUAAAACCCUCAGGCUGUGUGUGUGUGAUAUGGAUCGUUUGGGACGGAAUGAGUUCAUAGGUGAAGUCAGGGUGGCACUCAAGAAACUGAAGGAGGGAGAGAGCAAGAAAUACUACAUGGGUCUCGAGAGAAUUGCACAGGCCCGGGAGGCUAACAGUCAGGCAGUGGAUCCUGGUUCUCUUGUUGCAGAGGAGGAGCGUGGCCGUAUCCUGGUCUCUCUGCUGUACUGCACAGAGAAAAAUUCUCUGGUUGUGGGAAUUAUUCGCUGUGCCCACCUGGCCGCCAUGGAUUCGAAUGGCUACUCAGACCCCUUUGUCAAAAUUAUUUUGCAGCCUGACAUGGGAAAAAAGUCAAAAUACAAAACCUCAGUGAAGAAGAAGACUCUAAACCCAGAGUUUAACGAGGAGUUUUCUUAUGAAGUCCCACAUGAUCAGCUCGCCAAGAAAACUCUGGAGAUCUCAGUCUGGGACUAUGACCUGGGCAUGAGCAAUGACUUCAUAGGUGGAGUUGAAUUGGGGAUCAAUGCAAAAGGAGACAGACUGAAACAGUGGUUUGAGUGUCUAAAAUACAAAGGAAAGAAAGUGGAAUACUGGCACACACUGACACAACAAGGAUCCGGUAGCAGUGACUAACACAGACAAGGAGACAAUUCCCUCGAUAAGUAAUACAAAAACAAUGAAGUAAUAAUGAUAUAUAAAUGCAAUAAUGCUCUGUCUGAUGAUGAUGAUGAUGAUGAUGACUUUCAAUAUUAAUGCGUGAGAAAAAGCAAAAUAAUCUACUGUACAGCUAAGUAUCACAUUCUUUUGUGAUGAGAAAGAAGCAAGUGUGAUCACAAACCUGGAUUGUGACGCACAAAGAAUCGACCCCUUUUUCUGGUCUAUACGUCACUUAUGUGAAAUCGUACUGUGUUGUGACUAUGCCACAGGGGCUCAUGCCAUAUUAUAGUGUUAUUGUUUAUUACAUGUAAAACGUGUAAUAGCAUCCUGGUGUUUGUUACAGUUGGUGGUGCCGUAAUUUUGCACACUGUCAAAGCACAACACAUCCAGCUGACUGUAAAUGUCUAUGUGUAUCUAUGUAUUUACCUUUUGUGAUUUGUUACGUAUGAAAGUUUACAGUCUCUUCCAGCCCGCCAAAAACAAGAUGCACAGGAAAAGCACAAGGGACCUUUAAUGCAAUGAAAGAAAACCUCUGGAUAUAAACGAUCACUCAAGAACUGCCGCAGAUCUAAACGGCAGUCGCCUCAACGAUCUGCACAACGUGAAUGUGUGUGUCUGUUGGUGUGUGCGUGUGUGUGUGUGUGUGUGAAUGACCCCAGUUUACGUUUUUGUCUUUGUACGUAACUCUGUUGAAUGUUUGUACAGUCUCCUACAAAAAAAAAGAUUCGCUAAAGCAGACUUUCUCGCUUUCUCUCCGGCAUCCUCUACUGGUUUAGAGGUCUAACUGCCAGGACAGAUCCAGUACGGAGAGUGAAUCGCCUCUGGCAGGCCUCCUGCACAACUGCACACCCCAUUAGGGGUUAAAUGAGCAAUCAUGGACAAAAUACCUGUCGAAGGAUGUCUACGAAAGAGUCAGAACACAAAAAGUCAAGCAAUUAAAGGAUACACUUGCUUUGCAGUCCAUCAGCUCUGUGAAACGAUCCACGUUUCUUGCCACUGCGUGGGAAUUUCGGCUAUAAUUGUGUCCCUGUGAUUGCAUUUAUUAUUAGCUAUUAGAUUCAAAUCAUUUACCAACUACCUGAAUCUACUUUUAAUCUGGUCUUGACAUUUAAUUGCACAACAACAUAAUUCUGUCCUUCCAUGGCUCUCUCUCUGCCAUUCCUGACCUGGGGGUCUGCUUUUUUUUUUUUAACAAGUGGGUUAUCAAAUGAAUUGCCUAAACGGUGUAAAAUUAAUUAUCAAAUGUUAUUAUAAGCAGCUGCAUGCCAAGUGAAUGUCACAUAUGCUUUGAUGAACCACCGAUCUGCAGUGCUUAUGUUUGUCCUAAUAUUCAUCCUCGAGCCCAUCUAAGGGUAUUUGUUUUUGCUCAGUGAACUGGGACAAUCUAGGCUACCUUUGACGAAACCGCAUGGCAUUUAGAUAAUGGACUGGCACCACCUGCCAGCCAAGAUGGGACUCCAGGCGGAGCGUUAAUGACUGAGGUCAAACUGAAGGAGGAUUAUUCAAGUCACACUCACUUUUCCUCAUUGACUGUCUGUGUGGAACUUGUGAUGUGACUGCCAUCGUGUGUCCGUCUCUGUAACUGCGUCUCAGAAAUAAAUUGGUGCCACAGUGGCUGUUGGAAAUGA